GUGACUAGUCACGCUCGUCACGAAAUGUUGUUGCUGCACUGAAAGCUGCACGAUUUUUUCUGCCUGGGAAACCGAGAAGAGCAAAGGUGCUUGUUAGGAUGUUCAGCUCUCGUGACCAGAUUGUUCGGGAAGAUGAGCAAGAAACAGAUAGCUUAAGAUGCUCUGAAGACAGUCUUAAAGAGAAAACGACUGUUACAACGAUUGGAAAGGUGAAAACCUUUGCUGGGCUGGAGGUCGAUGAGGUGGCAUUUCUUAUCAUAUCUGUAGUAAAUGUGUUGAUCGCAAUUGGUCUCACAAUUGACAGAUUAGUGGAACUAAAGAAAGAUACGCCAGACUACACGUUUGCCAUCAUCCUCUUCAUCAACAUAGGUUUCUGUCUGUUUUAUGCAGUUCAUGGUGUUUUGAGGGAACGGGAAUUCGAGCUGUAUGCUUAUAUGGUGGGAAUCCUCGUGCUCUCAUGUUAUAUUAUUAUUGAUCUCAGUGUCAAUUCCCGAACAACUCUGAAAUGGGUGAGAUUUGCAGCAAUUGUAUUUCUUGGUUCUAUAAACAUCUACUUUGUCAUCAAGGUUGCUCAGGGUUUUGGGUAUUUGGCCUUCAAGACUAUCGGAGCUUCAGAGGAAUUACACAAAAUGUACCGAAAUGCUGGGAUGUACUCAUGUCUUCUUAAAUUUGAUCUUCAACUUGCAGUCAGUUUGGCUGUGUUUGUAAUUAUGAAUGUGACAGAUCUUGAACUGCGCGAUAAAGUCACAGUGGGUGUGGGUGUUCCUUUCCAGCUUGCUUGGAGCAUCUUGGGCUGGUGUGCGAUGAGGAGAGAGAUGAUGAUCCUGGUGUGGAUAUUUAUCCCUCUCAGUUUUGUAGAGCCUGCUUAUUUGAUCUACAGAAUAAAUAAGGUGGCUCAUAAUUGGACGGAAGACACUAAAGGUGGUAAAGAUGUUCUUGUUUAUUCCUUUCUUGGAGCAGGUGUGUUCUUUCAGAAAUAUGCAUACCCCUCCCAUGGUGGAUUUUUGGUUUGA